UAGAUAAACAGUUGGACUCACCCAGCAAACUCCAUCUAAACUACCCUUAUGCAAUAUUUUCAUUAUUGUGUAAAUAUAACAGGUUCAUUGCUAGGCAUUCUCUGAGCUUGACUAAUUUUGUAAGAAAAUGGCGUUGUCGUCUGCCAAUGGACAUGUUUCCUUGUCAAUGGCCGGUAGCGUCUCGUCGAGUAAGAGAGACUGGAGACUGGUGAAGUAUUGCAAUGGAGAGUUGAUGGGGUUAAAAUUGAAGAAUUUGUCCUACAAGAAGGCAUCAGUUAGGCGGCGUAUGUGCAUGUCAUCACUCACUGCUGAUAUUGCUUCUGACGCUAAGCUUAAGGAUACUGAACCGGAGAAAAGGGACGCACGAACAGUGGCAGCGAUAAUACUAGGAGGAGGUGCAGGCACUCGUCUUUUUCCAUUGACAAAACGCCGUGCAAAACCAGCAGUUCCCAUAGGAGGAGCAUACCGGCUGAUUGAUGUGCCAAUGAGUAACUGCAUAAACAGCGGCAUAAACAAAGUCUACAUCCUGACCCAGUUCAACUCAGCCUCUCUCAACAGGCACCUUGCUCGGGCUUACAACUUCGGCAGUGGUGGCAACUUUGGAGAUGGAUAUGUUGAGGUUCUUGCUGCUACACAAACUCCUGGAGAUGCAGGGAAAAAAUGGUUCCAAGGUACCGCUGAUGCUGUAAGGCAGUUUGGCUGGCUCUUUGAGGAUCAAAGAAGUAAGGAAAUUGAGGAUGUCAUGAUUCUGUCUGGAGACCACUUAUACAGAAUGGAUUACAUGGACUUCCUCCAGAGUCAUCGCCAAAGUGGAGCUGAUAUCAGUAUUUCUUGCCUGCCAAUGGACGAUAGUCGUGCCUCAGAUUUUGGUCUGAUGAAAAUAGAUGACACGGGGAGAGUAUUGUCAUUCAGCGAGAAGCCUAAAGGAGAUGAUUUGAAGGCUAUGGCAGUUGACACAACAGUUUUAGGACUGUCAGAAGAAGAAGCUCAGACGAAACCCUAUAUCGCAUCUAUGGGUGUCUACAUAUUUAAGAAAGAAAUAUUACUAAACCUGUUGAGAUGGCGAUUCCCGACUGCAAAUGACUUUGGAUCAGAAAUUAUCCCAGCAUCUGCUAAAGAAUUCUGCAUCAAGGCUUACCUCUUCAAUGAUUAUUGGGAAGAUAUUGGAACUAUCAGAUCCUUCUUUGAGGCAAAUCUCGCCCUAACUGCACAUCCUCCGAAAUUUAGCUUCUAUGAUGCAGAAAAACCAAUGUACACAUCAAGAAGAAAUUUGCCUCCAAGCAAGAUCGAUAAUAGCAAGGUCAUUGACUCAAUCAUAUCUCAUGGAAGCUUCUUAAACAAUUGCAUCAUAGAGCACAGCGUAGUUGGAAUCCGGUCCCGAGUCAACUCUAACGUCCACUUAAAGGACACGGUAAUGCUUGGUGCCGACUACUACGAAACAGAUGUAGAAAUUGCAUCACAAUUAGCUGACGGAGGCGUUCCAAUUGGAAUAGGAGAAAACACAAAUAUCAAGGAAUGCAUUAUUGACAAGAAUGCCAGGAUAGGAAAAAACGUUAUAAUCUCAAAUUCAGAGGGAGUACAAGAGGCAGAUAGAUCAUCAGAAGGGUUCUAUAUUCGUUCUGGAAUUACCGUCAUACUAAAGAACUCUACCAUCAAAGAUGGGGUUGUGAUAUGACAAAUGAACUACCACCAGGCACCAACCCGUUCUCCCAGGAACUCAAGUGAAGAUGACAUCCCAACAAUUAUGGUAGAGAUGAGAGAAAAUGAUGGGGAUGAGACCUGAGUGUGAAAUGAUUUUGUAUCAAGGGAAAUUAUGUCUGUAUCCUGAGUAUUGUCAUAACAUCUUCCAUAGAAAGUGAAAAGGCUAAAUUGUUCUCCAACUGUCAAAUUUUCCAAUGGGACAAAUCAGAAGGCACAAUUGCCCUACUUUAAGUUAUUGGUCAAAUAAUAGUACAUAGUCUUGCGAGAA